AUGACCAGACUGGAGGCCCUGUCGAUUAUAAGCUCUGCUGUUGGCAUCGCACAAUUGGCAUACCGACUGGUCGAGACUAUCGUCCUACAUUAUGCUCUGGGAUCCUACCUCACUUUGAAAGAUGAACAUGGCGCUUUUCGAGCUGCAAUAUUACUAGUGUUGUUCCCCGACGCUCGGCAGGUCAUGAAACGCAUCGAGACCCAUCUUUUGGAAUCGCAGUCAGAUAAUGCAAUGGUCAUGAAGAAGGCUCUGGCUGAGGAUUGCACCAUGCUUGCGGUCGCUGCUGCCAUCAUUGCCCAGAUCGCAAUCACAGCACUUUCUCUUGGCAGUUCGGAUACUAUUCAUUGGACAGCGAACGCAGCAUUCGUGAUCAGCUUGGUGACUGCAUCGCUCUCUGUGUUCUACGCUUGUCUACUUCAACAACACAUCUCUGGUCUGUUCACAUCUGAAGACGUAAAGAGCUGGCUCAGUAAGCCUGCAUCAAAGUACGAGAUGGAGACGCUGGAGAUCAUGGCCUCAGAGUUGCGCAGGGCCCGAUAUAGAUGGCAAGACUUGGGACCACUCAGUGACGCAAGACAAUCAGCACUUGAGACAUUUCGCAAACAGAUCGAAGGUUUCGCACGGGAGUGCAAAUGGAAGACUGCAACAUUCAACGCAGCCUUUAUGAUCAAGGUACCAUCGCUACUGUUGAACUGGUCAGUUGGCGCUUUCAUACUCGGACUCGGAGUAUACCUGGGCUGUGUCUGUAGGCCCGAUGGAAUCUCCGACCCAUCGCGUAAUGGCUCGUUGGGCGUUUUGAUUACCUACCUUAUUACGACCGUUGGGGGGUUACUACUCUAUUAUGUCCCAAAAGCUGGCAAGAUCCUCGAAAGCUCUACACUCAGACGACUGGACUGGACCUACAACCGCAACAAAGACCCAACAAAGCCUCAAUUUGAGGCCAUGUUCACAUCUGAUGCAGCACCAACGUUGGAUCAAGUAAUGACUAUUGUAAACGAAACCACGGCUCAAUAUGAACUUCCUGCUCGUCGGUCGCGCUGGUUCACUAGCCAACAUGUCAAGCCUGUAGCCACCGGUGCUGCCAAUGUUAACGCUAUCACCGACUCAAACGAAGUCGCUCGACAGCCUACAGAAGACGCGAUUAAACCAUCUCAAGUUGUCUCUGCGGUGGACCAGCCAGAUAAUCAGCGUGAAAAGACAGAUGGCGAAUCUCCGCGUUCAAGCACAACUUCAUCCGGACCCCGGAGUCAGUACGACCCACUGAUCGCAGCGCUUCAAGCAUCAAUUGGAGCGCAAGAACAAAGCACUGCAGCUCUGAAAGCAGUCUUGAAUGCACAUCUGGCCGCAUCAACAGUAGACCAAACUUUGAACGACCAAGGCCUAACAACGGCGGUGAAUAAACACGAGGGCCUAAGUUCUACUGAUUGA